AUGCCACGUGUUUCCCGCACAUCCCAGGAGCAACGCCGCCAAGCUGCUUUAAACCGCAGCAGAGCCCGCUACCAACAAAAUGCGGUGGAAAUAAGAAGCAGGAACUCGCAACACAUCGCCAAUGUACGAGCAAGCAACCCCGACUUACAGGAGGAAAGUCGUGCGCAGAAUUCCGCAGCACGGGCUCAGAGGAGACGCAGCGAAAGGAUUCGCAAUCUAGAGCGCCUUCGGGAUACUGCAGCACAUGCUGAUAGGCGACUGGAUCUUCAAUUCCGUGUUCCAGAGAGGGUUCGGGACGCAGAAUCGCAUAUUGAUCGUCGACAGAACCCAGACUAUCGUGUUUCAGAGAGGAUUCGGGACAUGGAAGCACGGGCGACCCGUCGAGAAGACCCCGAGGAGCGGCGACGAGAGCAGUUACGAAACACUGCUGACCAUUCUACUCGGAGGGAUAAUCCAGAGCACCGAAUUCCCGAACGGAUUAGGGACAUGGAGGCACACGCGGCCCGCCGAGUGGACCUGGAGGAGCGGCGACGAGAGCAGAGCAGAUUCGGGACGCCGCAGCGCGAGCUGCUCAUCGCGAGGACCCAGAGGAACGUACAAGGGAACAGGAAAGGAACACUGGAGAACACCGACAGCGACGAAGGGAUACGGAAGACAGGCAGCGAGAACGGGAAAGGGACGCCGAUUACAGGAGAGCAACCAGGAGAAAUCCCAUCGCAAGAACACAGGAGCAACGGAUAA